AUGGAGAAAUUGGUGUCCGCGACCUCGAGCCUUCACGCUGCGCUGGCGGCGCUGGCGGAGAUGGAGGUUGCGGAGCGGAAGAUGAAGCGGAGGAACAAGGAAUUGGACGCGAAUUCCAAUCUGUUCAACCAGAAACUUGAGAUCCAGCGCAAGGACGUCAAGUGUCUCAAGGAAACAUCUCUGUGGCGCAAAUCGCGUGAUAAAUGCGUGAGCAUAAUGGCGACGAUUGUGAUCAUCGUGUACAUCCGAAUUUGCUCUGUUUUCAAGCCGUACAUCACGAUUCUCCCCGCGAUCUCGUUGCUCAGCGUCGCGUGUUUCCAGCAGCAGAGAGAUCUCGACUUGAUUCAGAAGAUUAAGCAGCAAAUGGUUGAACAUCCUGGCCAUGUCCACACAGAGUUUAAACCUAAUAAAAUCCGAUUCCGAAAAUCGGGGAUGUUCUUCAACGAUUGGGACUCAUUCGAUACUGAGAGAGAAAAAAUCACCAAAAACAACAGAGUUUUCCACUCGGCCGGAGCGUCGACGUUGGGAGGGGCGGGGUUUGCGUUGCACUACGCCAAUGUGAUCCUACUGGUGAAGAAGUAUUUAGAUUCGUCGUCUUCGAUUGGGCGGGACGAGCGGGAGGCGCUGUACCAGAUGCUGCCGGAGAAUCUGAAGGCGUCGGUGAGGGCGAAGCUGAGCAAGCUGAUGAGAUGCGGCGAGGAUGAUGCGUUCCUGGCGGAAGGGUGGAGGGCGGCGACGGUGGAGAUCAUGGGGUGGCUGGCGCCGUUGGCGGAGGAUACAGUGAAGUGGCAGAUGGAGAGGCAUGUGGAUAAGCUCAAGUUCGAUACGAGGCCUUGUGUGCUUCUGCUGCAGACGCUGCAUUUCUGUGAUAAGGAGAAGACUGAAGCGGCCAUUGCUGAAGUGCUGGUGGAGCUGAGCUGCGUCUAUAGGUUUGAGAAUCGCGGUGUUUAUGGGGAAUGA